CAAGUUUAUAGAUAGGGGAGUGGAGAAGUGAGACUCAAUAUAACUAAAUAAAUUUUUCAUUGUUUUUGGUAGCUAUGGAUCGUUAUGAGAUCAUGAAGAAUAUUGGGUCUGGAAAUUUUGGGGUGACCAAGCUGGUUAGAGAUAGAUGUACCCAAGAAUUCUUUGCUGUUAAGUUUUUUGAGAGAGGCGAAAAGAUUGAUGAACAUGUGAAAAGGGAAAUUAUGAAUCAUAGGUCAUUGAAGCAUCCCAAUAUAGUUAGAUUUAAAGAGGUUUUGCUAACUCCAACCCAUUUAGCUAUUGUGAUGGAGUAUGCUGCAGGAGGAGAACUCUUUGAGAGGAUAUGCAGUUCUGGUAAAUUUAGUGAAGAUGAGGCAAGGUUUUUCUUCCAGCAAUUGAUAUCCGGAGUAAGUUACUGUCAUUCAAUGCAAAUUUGCCACAGAGAUCUUAAGCUUGAAAAUACACUCCUAGAUGGAAACACAGUACCGCGUGUCAAGAUAUGCGACUUCGGGUAUUCAAAGUCAGCUGUGUUGCAUUCUCAGCCAAAAUCUACUGUGGGCACCCCAGCUUACAUUGCCCCAGAAGUACUAUCAAAAAAGGAAUAUGAUGGGAAGAUUGCAGAUGUAUGGUCCUGUGGGGUUACCCUCUAUGUAAUGCUUGUUGGGGCAUACCCCUUUGAAGACCCUGAUGGUCCAAAGAACUUCAGAAAGACAAUUGGGAGGAUACUCAGUGUCCACUAUUCAAUUCCGGAUUAUGUUCGUGUUUCUAUGGAGUGCAAGCAUCUUUUAACUCGAAUAUUUGUGGCUGACCCUGAAAAGAGGAUUACUAUUCCAGAAAUAAAAAACCAUCCAUGGUUCUUAAAGAACUUGCCUAUAGAGCUGAUGGAAGGAGGAAGCUGGCAAAGCAAUGAUGUCAACAACCCAUCCCAAAGCGUUGAAGAAGUCCUGUCGAUAAUACAGGAGGCAAGCAAACCUGUCUUCCUGUCAAAGGGUGAAGAGCAUUUGCUUGGAAGCAGCAUGGAUCUUGAUGACUUAGAUGCUGACGCAGACCUUGAAGAUAUCGAGACAAGUGGUGAUUUCGUGUGCCCAUUAUGAGCUGAAGCUGUGUACAUAAAUUGUCAACUUUCCUGCGGUAUUGUUCAAUGAUUGUGAGCGCCAGAUUGUUUCUGGUGAACUCUUUACACUGUGAUCCUUGUUUGGCCAUGUGGCAUACGGAUGCCCUUUUGUAGAUCCCCUAAGUUUCUUUGUUGUUCAAUAUAUUACAAUAACAUUUUCCUUCGCGUUGGUUCUUAAUAUUCGCUUAUUCAUGUAAAGUGACCUGAGAUAAAUUAUUUUGUAAGGUGAUGUGUGUGGCAAAGUUUAAACAUCACGGAUACUUCUAGAACAAGAUUGCUUGCUCUUUUCUUUAA